CAGCUCUCGUGCAACCAUGGUAUCACUAGGGGCCCAAGCAGCAUCAGUAAGAUCCACAAUAAUGGGGUCUGGCGGCACUUCUGGGCACAUCUCACCAUCUCGAACUCUGCCAAGAUCAACUUACGGGACCUUAACAUGACAUACUUAGGUGGACCGACAAGAUGCGCUUCAAGACGGACCUCAAGAAUGUGAGGACCUUCUCAAAGCUCGCCGCCGCACUCAACUCGCUCGAGAAGAUCGCGUGGGUGCGCCUCGACGAUGAAACGGCUCGCUUCACCGUCAUACCCGACACAGGGUCGCAAGUCUGGGCCUCUCUCUCGGUUGACCUAAUCUUCGACAACUACCACAUCCAAUCCGCGGAACCGAACAAUACCAUCAACCUCGAGCUCCCCCUGGGUCCCCUCCAACGUGCCCUCAAAUCCGCCGUCGGCAGCAGCUAUGCCAACCUGCGCCUCACCAAACGGGAUGGCAUCCCCAUGUUAUCCAUGACAAUCCACACGAUGACCAAAGACGGCGCCCAGGACGCCCGCGGUUUCGGCGGCGCAUUCCCCGGCAGUGCGCGACAAAACCGCGAUCCGGACCCGUUCGCCGACAACCCUGACCUUUUCCCGCAGGAAUCCCUCGAGCUGACCAUGAAACGCGAGCGCGAAAAGAUCAUCACCCAGGACAUACCCGUGCGGGUGCUGCACCCAGACACCGUCGAGACCAUCAUGCAGCCCAAAGUCCGCGAGCCCGACGUGCACAUCCAGCUGCCGCCCCUCCUGCAGCUAAAAGCCAUCUCCGACCGCUUCACCAAGCUGGCCGUGGCCUCCUCCUCUUCCUCCACGUCCGCUAGCGCCUCUAGAGGGAACCAGAACCCCAAACUGACCCUCUCCGCCAACAUGCACGGCUCUCUACGCCUGCGCCUGACUACCGAGACGCUCGACAUCACGUCGGUAUGGAAUGGGCUCGAGAACCCGGAGCUGGACCCGUCGCAGCUGGCGAUGCCGCUGGAGGAGCACCCAUCCACAAAAUUCAAGGAGGCCGGCCCGGACAAGUGGGCCACCGUCCGCGUUGACGGCAAGGACUGGAGCAGGGUGCUGAGCGUGGGGCGGCUCGAGGGCCGCGUGAUUGCGUGCUUUGCGGACGACCACGCCCUGAUCCUGUACGUGUACGUGCCGCAUGUGGACGAUGUCGGCGCGGAGGACGUGGUAACGUAUUAUGUUUCGAGUUAUAGCACUUAGACUGGUGGGAGUAGAAGCAUGGGGUGCUGCUGUGUACAUUGGUCGCACCGAUUCCAUGAUUUCAUGGAGUGCGAUUCAGCGCCAUAUACGGAGUAGGACUUCGUUGCUUGCUGGAGUUUGAAUGGAUCAUAGGACGGACAAGGAGGCAUCAUGGCGUUGCGGGAAUACCCAGUUGCUUAGAGAUCCUUAUUACAGAGAAGUGCCCUGCUCUCUGCUUGUUGAGUUUAUUCGACAGAACGUUCCAUCGUAUUUUCUCAUUUCAUUCUGGCUUGGAUCCUCCCGGGGCACGGCCUUCCCGAGUAUCUGUGAUUUUGAAUCUAAACAUAAGCGCAAUCCCUUGAUAGCUG